CCCCAACUCCUCCCCUCUGCGAGUCCAACAAUGGUCACCCCCGCCAGAGGGGCCGCGGGAGCUGCCCUAGCAGCUACACUGGAGUACCCUCCUCGCCCCGCCUCUCCGGGAUUCAGUCCUGGAUCCGGCCCUUCACCCGCCUCCUUCACCUACCAGGCCUCGUUGUAGUAGCCCGCAAACCUCUUGGCACCUCCGGAGGGCCUUCGGGGUCGCCCUGCGCAGACUCGGACCACUUGCUCACGGUCUGUCCCCUCCCCGUCACCUUUCUUCUCUGGGAGCGACCGGGAAAAGCGCCCAGAUCAGUCCUGUCCGCAAGGCCUUGUUCCCGGCCUUCCUUAAUCGGCCUCGGUGCGCAGCCGCUGACGUCAGAAAGAACCUGCGGGACCCCUUGCUCAGGCCCUAAACAAACUUAGUGUCGCGAAAGGGAGGCGGGACGCAAAGAAAUCAAAGGUCUUGAGGGCGGAGAUCACAGAAUCAUUGGCGAUAUUAAUACAAACGGAGGCCUGUUCAAUGAUCCUGCUAAUGCUAACGGGUAACUGGAAAGAUGAGAAGAGAGAAAAAAUCCCAACGAUCCCAUCAACACAAGAAUUCCAGGAAUCAGAGAAAUGCUGAGCCGAUUAUCAGGAUUAGCAAAUGUUGUUUUGCAUGAAUUAUCAGGAGAUGACACUGAUCAGAAUAUGAGGGCUCCCUUAGACCCUGAAUUACACCAAGAAUCUGACAUGGAAUUUAAUAAUACUACACAAGAAGAUGUUCAGGAGCGCCUGGCUUAUGCAGAGCAAUUGGUGGUGGAGCUAAAAGAUAUUAUUAAACAGAAGGAUGUUCAACUGCAGCAGAAAGAUGAAGCUCUACAGGAAGAAAGAAAAGCUGCUGAUAACAAAAUUAAAAAGCUAAAACUUCAUGCCAAAGCCAAAUUAACUUCUUUGAAUAAACACAUAGAAGAAAUGAAGGCACAAGGAGGGACUGUUCUGCCUACAGAACCUCAGUCAGAGGAGCAACUUUCCAAGCAUGACAAGAGUUCUACAGAGGAAGAGAUGGAAGUAGAAAAGAUAAAACACAAACUCAAGGAGAAGGAAGAACUAAUUAGCACUUUGCAAGCACAGCUUAAUCAGGCACAGGCAGAACUAGCUGCACAGUUUGAUAAGAGUUCUGCAGAGAUGGAAGAAUUUGUAAUGAUGAAGCAACAGCUCCAGGAGAAGGAAGAGCUUAUUAGCACUUUACAAGCCGAGCUCAGCCAGACACAGGCAGAGCAAGCUGCACAGUUGAGUUCCAUGCAGCAGGUGGUCCGAGAGAAAGAUGCCCGCUUUGAAACACAAGUUCGUCUUCAUGAAGAUGAGCUUCUUCAGUUAGUAACCCAGGCAGAUGUGGAAACAGAGAUGCAACAGAAAUUGAGGGUGCUGCAGAGGAAGCUUGAGGAACAUGAAGAAUCCUUGGUGGGCCGUGCUCAGGUCGUUGACUUGCUGCAACAGGAGCUGACUGCUGCUGAGCAGAGAAACCGGGUUCUCUCUCAGCAAUUACAGCAGAUGGAAGCUGAACAUAAUACUUUAAGGAACACCGUGGAAACAGAAAGACAGGAGUCUAAGAUUCUACUGGAAAAGAUGGAACUUGAAGUGGCAGAGAGAAAAUUAUCCUUCCACAAUCUGCAGGAAGAAAUGCGUCAUCUUUUAGAACAGUUUGAGCAAGCAGGCCAAGCCCAGGCUGAACUAGAGUCUCGGUAUAGUGCUUUGGAGCAGAAGCACAAAGCAGAAAUGGAAGAGAAGACCUCUCAUAUUUUGAGUCUUCAAAAGACUGGACAAGAGCUGCAAUCUGCCUGUGAUGCUCUAAAGGAUCAAAAUGCAAAGCUUCUCCAAGAUAAGAACGAACAGGCAGUUCAGUCAUCCCAGACCAUUCAGCAGCUAGAAGAUCAACUCCAGCAAAAAUCCAAAGAAAUAAGCCAGUUUCUAAAUAAACCACCCUUGCAGCAACAUGAAACAGCAUCUCAGACUUCUUUCCCAGAUGUUUGUAAUGAGGGCACACAGGCAGUCACUGAGGAGAAUAUUGCUUCUUUGCAGAAGAGAGUGGUAGAACUAGAGAAUGAAAAGGGAGCCUUGCUCCUUAGUUCUAUAGAGCUGGAGGAGCUGAAAGCUGAGAAUGAAAAACUCUCUUCUCAGAUUACUCUCCUGGAGGCUCAGAAUAGAACUGGGGAGAUAGAUAGAGAAAUCAGUGAGAUCAGCAAUGUUGAUAUUAUCAACAAGAAGAGCUCUUCUACCGAGGAAAGUGGACAAGACGUUCUAGAGAACACAUUUUCUCAGAAACAUAAAGAAUUAUCAGUUUUAUUGUUGGAAAUGAAAGAAGCUCAAGAGGAAAUUGCAUUUCUUAAAUUACAGCUCCAGGGAAAAAGGGCUGAGGAAGGGGAUUAUGAGGUCCUUGACCAGAAAGAAAUGAAACAGAUGGAGGGUGAGGGAAUGGCUCCAAUUAAAAUGAAAGUAUUUCCUGAAGAUACAGGGCAAGAUUUUCCCUUAAUGCCAAAUGAAGAGAGCAGUCUUUCAGCAGUUGAAAAAGAACAGGAGAGCACUGACCAUCAAAAUAGAACAUCUGAGGAAAUAUCUUUAAAUUAUGCUGGAGUAGAAUUGCAAUCAGCAAAGCAGGAUGGUGAUAAAUCCCUUUCUGCUGUAUCAGAUACUGGUCAGUGUCAUCAGAAUGAGUUGGAAAGGUUAAAAAGUCAAAUUUUGGAGCUUGAGCUAAACUUUCAUAAAGCACAAGAAAUCUAUGAGAAUAAUUUAGAUGAGAAAGCUAAGGAAAUUAGCAACCUAACGCAGUUAAUUGAGGAAUUUAAGAAAAAUGCUGACACCACCAGCAGUGCAUUCACUGCUUUGUCUGAAGAAAGAGACCGGCUUCUUUCUCAGGUUAAGGAACUUAGCAUAGUAACAGAAUUGAGGGCUCAGGUAAAGCAAUUGGAAAUGAACCUUGCAGAAGCAGAAAGGCAAAGAAGACUUGACUAUGAAAGCCAAACUACUCAUCACAACCUGCUCACUGAACAGAUCCACAGUCUCAGCAUAGAAGCCAAAUCUAAAGAUGUGAAAAUUGAAGUUUUACAGAAUGAACUGGAUGAUGUGCAGCUUCAAUUUUCUGAGCAGAGUACACUGAUAAGAAGCCUGCAAAGCCAGCUGCAAAAGAAGGAAAGUGAAGUGCUUGAGGGGGCAGAACGUGUCAGGGAUAUCUCAAAUAAGGUGGAAGAACUGUCCUUGGCCCUUUCACAGAAGGAACUUGAAAUAGCAAAAAUGGAUCAACUCUUACAAGAGAAAAAGAGAGAUGUGGAAACCCUCCAACAAACCAUCGAGGAGAAGGAUCAACAAGUGACAGAAAUCAGCUUUAGUAUGACUGAGAAAAUGGUUCAGCUUAAUGAAGAGAAGUUUUCUCUUGGGGUUGAAAUUAAGACUCUUAAAGAACAGCUAAAUUUAUUAUCCAGAGCUGAAGAAGCAAAAAAAGAGCAGGUGGAAGAAGAUAAUGAAGUUGCUUCUGGCCUUAAACAAAAUUAUGAUGAGAUGAGUCCAGCAGGACUAACAAGUAAGGAAGAACUUCAGCGUGAAUUAGACCUUCUGAAGAAAGAAAGUGAGCAGAGAAAGAGAAAGCUCCAGGCAGCUCUUAUUAACAGAAAGGAGCUUCUGCAAAGAGUCAGUAUAUUGGAAGAGGAAUUAGCCAACUUGAAAGAUGAAUCUAAGAAAGAGACCCCACUCAGUGAGAGUGAGAGGGGAGAAAUGGAAGAAGAUAAAGAAAACAAAGAAUACUCAGAAAAAUCUGUGACUUCUAAGUGCCAAGAAAUAGAAAUUUCUUUAAAACAGACAAUAUCUGAGAAAGAAGUGGAACUAGAUCAUAUAAGGAAGAAUUUGGAAGAAAAGAUGGCAGCUGAAGAGCAAUUACAGGCUUUGGUCAAACAGAUGAAUCAGACCUUGCAAGAUAAAACAAACCAAAUAGAUUUGCUCCAAGCGAAAAUCAGUGAAAAGCAAGCAAUUAUCCAGAAGUUAACCACAAGUAACAAGGAUGCAGGUGAUGGGGACUCUGUAGCACUUGUAAAGGAAACAGUGGUGGUAAGUCCACCUGGUACAGAUAGUGGUGAACCCUGGAAACCAGAACUGAAAGAAAAGAUACUGGCCCUUGAAAAAGAAAAGGAGCAACUUCAAAAGAAGCUACAAGAAGCCUUAACCUCCCGCAAGGCAAUUCUUAAAAAGGCACAGGAGAAAGAAAGACAUCUUAGGGAGGAGCUAAAGCAACAGAAAGAUGACUAUAAUCACUUGCAAGAACAGUUUGAUGAGCAAAGCAAGGAAAAUGAGAAUAUUGGAGACCAGCUAAGGCAACUUCAGAUUCAAGUAAGGGAAUCCAUAGAAGGAAAACUCCCAGGCACUGACCAGCAGGAAUCGUGCUCUCCCACUCUGGGUUUAGAAGAACCUUUAUUCAAAACCGCAGAGCAGCAUCACACUCAGCCUGUUUUAGAGUCCAACUUGUGCCCAGACUGGCCUGCUCAUUCUGAAGAUGCAAGUGCUCUGCAGGGCGGAACUUCUGUUACCCAGAUGAAGGCCCAGCUGAAGGAAAUAGAAGCUGAGAAAGAAGAGUUGGAAUUGAAAGUUAAUUCUACAACAAGUGAGCUUACUAAAAAAUCAGAAGAGGUAUUUCAGUUACAAAAGCAGAUAAAUAAACAGGGUUUAGAAAUUGAGAGUCUAAAGACAGCAUCCCAUGAAGCUGAAGUCCGUGCAGAAAGCCUGCAGCAGAAAUUGGAAAGCAGCCAGCUACAAAUUGCUGGCCUAGAACAUCUAAGAGAAUUGCAACCUGAACUAGAUGAACUGCGAAAACUCAUAAACAAAAAGGAAGAAGACGUUAGCUGCCUUUCUGGACAACUUAGUGAGAAAGAAGCAGCUCUCACUAAAGUACGGACAGAGAUAAUAGAGCAAGAAGAUUUAAUUAAGGCUCUGCAUACACAGCUAGAAAUGCAAGCCAAAGGGCAUGAUGACAGGAUAAAGCAGCUACAGGUGGAACUUUGUGAAAUGAAGCAAAAACCAGAAGAGACUCAAGAAGAAAGUAAAGCAAAGCAACAAAUACAGAGGAAACUGCAAGCUGCCCUUAUUUCCCGAAAAGAAGCACUAAAGGAAAACAAAAGUCUCCAAGAGGAAUUGUCUUUAGCCAGAGGUACCAUUGAACGUCUCACCAAGUCUCUGGCAGAUAUGGAAAGCCAAAUUUCUGCUCAAAAUAAAGAAAAAGAUACAUUCCUAGGAAGGUUAGCUCUUCUUCAGGAAGAAAGAGACAAACUUAUUACAGAAAUGGACAGGUCUUUAUUGGAAAAUCAGAGUCUCAGUGGCUCUUGCGAAAGUCUAAAACUAGCUCUAGAGGGUCUUACUGAAGACAAGGAAAAAUUAGUGAAGGAAAUUGAAUCUUUGAAAUCUUCUAAGAUUGCAGAAAGUACUGAGUGGCAAGAGAAACACCAGGAGCUACAAAAAGAGUAUGAAAUUCUUCUGCAGUCCUAUGAGAAUGUUAGUAAUGAAGCAGAAAGGAUUCAGCAUGUGGUGGAAGCUGUGAGGCAAGAGAAGCAAGAACUGUAUGGCAAGUUAAGAAGCACAGAGGCAAGCAAGAAGGAGACAGAAAAACAGUUGCAGGAAGCUGAGCAAGAAAUGGAAGAAAUGAAAGAAAAGAUGAGAAAGUUUGCUAAAUCUAAACAGCAGAAAAUCCUAGAGCUGGAAGAAGAGAAUGACCGGCUUAGAGCAGAGGUGCACCCUGCAGGAGAUACAGCUAAAGAGUGUAUGGAAACACUUGUUUCUUCCAAUUCCAGCAUGAAAGAAGAACUUGAAAGGGUCAAAAUGGAGUAUGAAACCCUUUCUAAGAAGUUUCAGUCUUUAAUGUCUGAGAAAGAGUCUCUAAGUGAAGAGGUUCAAGAUUUAAAGCAUCAGAUAGAAGGUAAUGUAUCUAAACAAGCUAACCUAGAGGCCACUGAGAAACAUGAUAACCAAAUGAAUGCCACUGAAGAGGCAACACAGUUUAUACCAGGUGAGACCAAAGAGCAAGACUCUCUGAGUGUGAGUACAAGGCCUGCAUGUUCAGAAUCGGUUCCAUCAGAGAACAGUGCCAACCCUGAUAUAAGUGAGAAUCUCAGUUCACAUGAUGAAAUUAAUAACUACCUACAGCAGAUUGAUCAGCUCAAAGAAAGAAUUGCUGGAUUAGAGGAGGAGAAGCAGAAAAACAAGGAAUUUAGCCAGACUUUAGAAAAUGAGAGAAAUGCCUUAGUCAGUCAGAUAUCAACAAAGGAUGGUGAAGUAAAAAUGCUUCAGGAAGAAGUAACCAAAAUGAACCUGCUAAAUCAGCAAAUCCAAGAAGAACUCUCCAGAGUUACCAAGCUAAAGGAGACAGCAGAAGAAGAGAAAGAUGAUUUGGAAGAGAGGCUUAUGAAUCAAUUAGCAGAACUUAAUGGAAGCAUUGGGAAUUAUUGUCAGGAUGUUACAGAUGCCCAAAUAAAAAAUGAAUUACUAGAAUCUGAAAUGAAGAACCUUAAAAGGUGUGUGAGUGAAUUGGAAGAAGAAAAGCAGCAGUUAGUCAAGGAAAAAACUAAGGUGGAAUCAGAAAUACGAAAGGAGUAUUUGGAGAAAAUACAAGGUGCUCAGAAAGAACCUGGUAAUAAAAGUCAUGCAAAGGAACUUCAGGAACUGUUAAAAGAAAAACAACAAGAAGUAAAGCAGCUACAGAAGGACUGCAUCAGGUAUCAAGAGAAAAUUAGUGCUUUGGAGAGGACUGUUAAAGCCCUAGAAUUUGUUCAGUCUGAAUCCCAAAAAGAUUUGGAAAUAACCAAAGAAAAUCUGGCUCAAGCAGUUGAAUACCGCAAAAAGGCAGAAGCAGAAUUAGCUAGCUUCAAAGUUCUGCUAGAUGACACUCAAAGUGAAGCAGCAAGGGUUCUAGCAGACAAUCUCAAGUUGAAAAAGGAACUUCAGUCAAAUAAAGAAUCAGUUAAAAGCCAAAUGAAACAAAAGGAUGAAGAUCUUGAGCGAAGACUGGAACAGGCAGAAGAGAAGCACCUGAAAGAGAAGAAGAAUAUGCAAGAGAAACUGGAUGCUUUGCGCAGAGAAAAAGUCCACUUGGAAGAGACAAUUGGAGAGAUUCAGGUUACUUUGAACAAGAAAGACAAAGAAGUUCAGCAACUUCAGGAAAACUUGGACAGUACUGUGGCCCAGCUUGCAGCCUUUACUAAGAGCAUGUCUUCCCUUCAGGAUGAUCGUGACAGAGUGAUAGAUGAAGCUAAGAAAUGGGAGAGGAAGUUCAGUGAUGCGAUUCAAACCAAAGAAGAAGAAAUUAGACUCAAAGAAGAGAACUGCAGUGUUCUAAAGGAUCAACUUAGACAGAUGUCCAUCCAUAUGGAGGAAUUAAAGAUUAACAUUUCCAGGCUUGAACAUGACAGGCAGAUUUGGGAGUCCAAGGCCCAGACAGAGGUCCAGCUUCAACAGAAAGUCUGUGAUACUCUACAGGGGGAAAACAAGGAACUUUUGUCUCAGCUAGAAGAGACACGCCACCUAUACCACAAUUCUCAGAAUGAAUUAGCUAAGUUGGAAUCAGAAUUUAAGAUUCUCAAAGACCAGUUGACUGAUUUAAGUAACUCUUUGGAACAAUGUAAGGAACAGAAAGAAAACUUGGAAGGGAUCAUAAGGCAGCAAGAGGCUGAUAUCCAAAAUUCUAAGUUCAGUUAUGAACAACUGGAGACUGACCUUCAGACCUCCAGAGAACUGACCAGUAAGCUGCAUGAAGAAAUAAAUAUGAAAGAGCAAAAGAUUAUAAGUCUGCUUUCUGGCAAGGAAGAGGCAAUCCAAGUAGCUAUUGCUGAACUGCAACAGCAACAUGAUAAAGAAAUUAAAGAGAUGGAAAACCUGCUGUCCCAGGAGGAAGAGGAGAAUAUUGUUUUAGAAGAGGAGAACAAAAAGGCUGUUGACAAAACCAAUCAGCUUAUGGAAACACUGAAAAACAUCAAAAAGGAAAACAUUCAGCAAAAGGCACAGUUGGAUUCCUUCGUUAAAUCCAUGUCUUCUCUCCAAAAUGAUCGAGACCGCAUAGUGGGUGACUAUCAACAGCUGGAAGAGCGACAUCUCUCUGUAAUCUUGGAAAAAGACCAACUCAUCCAAGAGGCUGCUGCUGAGAAUAACAAGCUUAAGGAAGAAAUACGAGGCUUGAGAAGUCAUAUGGAUGAUCUCAAUUCUGAGAAUGCCAAGCUAGAUGCAGAACUGAUCCAAUAUAGAGAAGACCUGAACCAAGUGAUAUCAAUAAAGGACAGUCAGCAAAAGCAGCUUCUUGAAGCUCAACUUCAACAAAAUAAGGAGCUGCAAAAUAAAUAUGCUAAAUUAGAAGAAAAGCUGAAGGAGUCUGAGGAAGCAAAAGAGGAUCUGCAGAGGUCUUCUAAUGCCCUACAAGAGGAGAAACAAGAUUUAUCUAAAGAGAUUGAAAGUUUGAAAGUAUCUAUAUCCCAGCUAAAGAGACAAGUAACAGCCUUGCAAGAAGAAGGUACUGUAGGAAUCUAUCAUGCCCAGUUAAAAGUAAAGGAAGAAGAGUUACAGAAGUUAAGCACUGUGCUUUCCUCCUCUCAAAAGAGAAUUACAGAACUGGAAGAGGAAUUGGUUUGUGUCCAUAAGGAAGCUGCCAAGAAGGUAGGUGAAAUUGAAGAUAAACUGAAGAAAGAAUUAAAGCAUCUUCAUCAUGAUGCAGGGAUAAUGAGAAAUGAAACUGAAACAGCAGAAGAGAGAGUGGCAGAGCUAGCAAGAGAUCUGGUGGAGAUGGAACAGAAAUUACUCAUGGUCACCAAAGAAAAUAAAGAUCUCACAGCACAAAUUCAGUCUUUUGGAAGGUCUAUGAGUUCCUUGCAAAAUAGUAGAGAUCAUGCCAAUGAGGAACUUGAUGAACUGAAAAGGAAAUAUGAUGCCAGUCUGAAGGAAUUGGCACAGUUGAGAGAACAACAGGACCUCUUAAACAGAGAGAGAGAUGCUCUUCUUUCUAAAGCCACCUUUUCAAUGAACUCCACUGAGGAGAACAGCUUGCCUCACCUUGAGAAACUUAAUCAACAGCUCCUAUCCAAAGAUGAGCAGCUGUUUCACUUGUCCUCACAACUAGAAGAUUCUUAUAACCAAGUGCAGUCCUUUUCCAAGGCUAUGGCCAGUCUACAGAAUGAGAGAGAUCACCUGUGGAAUGAGCUGGAGAAAUUUCGAAAGUCAGAGGAAGGGAAGCAGAGGACUGCAGCUCAGCCUACCACCAGCCCAGCUGAAGUACAGAGUUUAAAAAAAGCUAUGUCUUCACUCCAAAAUGACAGAGACAGACUACUGAAGGAAUUGAAGAAUCUGCAGCAGCAAUACUUACAGAUUAAUCAAGAGAUCACUGAGUUACAUCCACUGAAGGCUCAACUUCAGGAGUAUCAAGAUAAGACAAAAACAUUUCAGAUUAUGCAAGAAGAGCUCAGGCAGGAAAACCUCUCCUGGCAGCAUGAGCUGCAUCAGCUCAGGAUGGAGAAGAGUUCCUGGGAAAUACAUGAAAGAAGAAUGAAGGAGCAGUACCUUAUGGCUAUCUCAGAUAAAGAUCAGCAGCUCAGUCAUCUGCAGAGUCUUAUAAGGGAAUUGAGGUCUUCUUCCUCUCAGACUCAGCCCCUCAAAGUGCAAUACCAAAGACAGGCAUCCCCAGAGACAUCAGCUUCCUCAGAUGGGUCGCAAAAUCUGGUUUAUGAGACAGAACUUCUCAGGACUCAGCUCAAUGACAGCUUAAAGGAAAUUCACCAAAAGGAAUUAAGAAUUCAGCAACUGAAUAGCAAGUUCUCUCAGCUACUAGAAGAGAAAAACACCCUUUCCAUUCAGCUCUGCGAUACCAGUCAGAGUCUUCGUGAGAACCAGCAGCAGUAUGGUGACCUUUUUAAUCACUGUGCAGUCUUGGAGAAGCAGGUUCAAGAGCUGCAGGCAGUGAGUAAGGAGGGGCCACUAAAUAUAGAUGUUGCUCCAGGAGCUCCCCAGGAAAAGAAUGGAGUUCACAGAAAGAGUGACCCUGAGGAACUAAGAGAGCCACAGCAAAGCUUUUCUGAAGCUCAGCAGCAGCUGUGCAACACCAGACAGGAAGUGAAUGAAUUAAGGAAGCUGCUGGAAGAAGAACGAGACCAAAGAGUGGCUGCUGAGAAUGCCCUCUCUGUGGCUGAGGAGCAGAUCAGACGGUUAGAACACAGUGAAUGGGACUCUGCCCGGACUCCUAUCAUUGGCUCCUGUGGCACUCAGGAGCAGGCACUGUUAAUAGAUCUUACAAGCAACAGUUGUCGAAGGACCCGAAGUGGUGUUGGAUGGAAGCGAGUCCUGCGUUCACUCUGUCAUUCCCGGACCCGAGUGCCACUACUAGCAGCCAUCUACUUUCUAAUGAUUCACGUCCUGCUCAUUCUGUGUUUUACAGGCCAUCUAUAGACUUAGUUGUUACUCUUUGGACUACUCCCCUCAGAACUUGGAAUUCUCUCACCUCUUAACAUCAGAAUUAUCAAUUCCAGUGGAACAGUCUUCCUGUUUACAGGUCUUCUCUCCAACUCUCCACGGAAAGUGCCUGCAAAAACAGAGGUGGAUACAAGGACAGGUUGGAACUGCAGGGACUGGCAAGUCUGCUUUCUUCUACUGCCCUGGGCCUGAACACUUCUGCUUAAUCUGGGAAUCACAGUUGGUUUGUUGAGCCUAAUAUUUGAGAUUUUGCAGGACCCUGAUCUUUUGUGGUCCUGUAAAAGAUACUGAGGAAUGUCUUUCAGCCAAGCCAAGAAGAUGGUUUCAAUAAACCUAAUAAUAUGAAGUCCAGUAUCAUUUUGAUUGAUAACUUUCUUUGCCUUGUUUGCAUGUAUUUUCUCCUGUUUCAGGGGGAAGGUGGCUUUUCCAUAGACAAAGUCCAGGGAAAUGAACACACCACCUCAUAGAACAUCUGAUUUAGGUCUCUCGCAGAAUAGGGUGAGAGCUGAAGGAAAUCUCCAGGGGUUUUAGCUAUUAGAUCACAGGGGAGGACAGCAUUAUCUUCCCUGCCAAUUUCAGACAUAAUUGGAGGGAGAAUUUCUGGUCCUGGAGUGUAAGGACAGAAUCCCCUUGCUUUUGCCGUUAAUCACAUGUACACUAAGGUAUUGAGUGGUCCACAUCUUUUCUUUCACCAAAAGGCAGUGAGAACUGUCUAUGUACAGCAGGUUCCAAUUCUUGUCAUUCCAGGAAUAUCUGGAUAUUCCUGGAAUGUGGGCCCUGAGACAGUGCCCAGGUGCCACCAAGAGCUGGUAUUAGGCAUUGACUGUCAGCCAAGAGUCUGACUGAUCUGACCACAUUGCAACUCCUGGCCUCUUGAAGCACUAAACUACUUUGCUGUUAGUGACAUUUAUUUCAGUUUCUCAGCCCCAUUGUCUCUGCCUUCUGUGGUAAUGGAAGGAGAAUAUAGAGAAGAUAAAAUGUUUAAAUAUAGACCCAAGAAGGACAGCCAGGAUUGAAUUCCAUUUGUGCCUAUUCCCUGCCUCCCCCCUCUCCCCCGUCCUAUCAGUUGGUUAUUUUCUCAUUGUGUAUGUGAUGUGUUCACUGCCUAUUCUCUCCCUAAGGAAGAGAGACCAGUGGGCUGACUGAUCUGCUUUAAAUUGUCUGUGGUGAUUAAAUCUUGGUCAUAACACCCUGGGAACUUUCCUGAACAACUGUAAAAUAAUAAAAUUAUUUUCAGAAUGAA